AAAAAAACUGAAAAAGAAAAAUGACUGUCCAGUUGUACACAUGUCUUGGAUUGUUAUUCAGCUUUCUUAAUUCUAAUGCAGGUGCUCUUGUGGAAGUCAGCAAGAAAGUUGGAAUGAAUGUGAUUUUUCCGUGCAAUAACAAGGUCCAACAAACAAACUGCAAUAAAUCUUCUUGGCUUUCUAAUGAUAAUCCUGCCAUUGAACUGGUCAUCUUUGGUAAGAUCAAGUCUCACAGCUCAGAGAGGACAAAGAGAGUGAGUUUGAUGCCUGACUGCUCUCUACGCAUCAGUGGCAUCAUACCUGGAGAUGAAGGGUGCUACGCCUGCCAACAGUUUCCACAUGAGGGUGGACAAAAACUUAACGAGGAUACCAUAAUUUGUCUGUCUAUUAAUAAAGAAGAUUCUUCCGUGACCAACAAUGAUGAUUCUUCCAUGACCAACAAUGAUGAUUCUUCCGUGAACAGCAAUGGCAAAUUGUUGAUGACAGUAAUCCCCUCAAUGCUAAUGGUCAUUCUUUUGUCAGUGGUCACAGUCAUUGCUUGUCUUAAAUAUCGCAGGAGAGCAAAAAAGAGAAUAUCAGUUGUAAACCGAAACAACAUUUGUAAUGAACACAAUGAUGGCGAAGAUUUGGUGACCUACACUGAGUUGAACCACAAUGCAGUGAAACCAAAGAAAGUGUACAUAGAAUACCAAAAAACUGAAUAUGCUGUAAUAAAACUUUCAUAAUUUCCAUAAACAACAGUUCACUGAACAGCUCACAAAACAUUUCCUGCUAAAUAAACCAUAAGUUGCAACAUAAUAUAUACAUAUAUUUUUCAUUGUGUACGUGACUCAUGAGAGUGGUAGCGAAUUACGCCCAAGUAUAUGACACUGUCAAUGUAGUCACUGAAGUAAUUCACAAGUUUUAUUCCACAAAAAUUCAAGUUAAGUCAAGCCAUCUCAGCUUUUAUUGUCAUCCAAUCAUGUGUGUACAUGGAGAACAAAAUUGUCAUUUUACAGGUUCUGAUGGAAUUGGACAUACAAUAAACCAAUUAUGGUCUUGAGACAAUACAACAAUAUACACAGGACAUAGUGCAGUGUAUAUAUAGUACACAUAACAGAAAUGUUGGACAGUUUCAGCUUGAAUAUAUAAACGUACCUAAAAACCACAGCAAGACUUUUUUUUUUUUUUUUUUUUUUCAUUUUAUGCUUUAAAAGAGAUGCACUUUUUGUUUACAUAUGUUUUUUUUUUACCUGCAGACUAAAACAUAAUUUCAUAAUGAAGAACAAAUGCUCAUUUUACAAGAACAAACACAUCUGUGUGUUUGUACUGAGAUUUUGUUUGUUAUUUAUUUGUAUAAUGAAAAAUUUACCCAUAUGACAGAAAAUAAUUGUGUAU